CGGGAAACGACAGGACGAGGCGGGGGCAAUGUCAUCAUCUCUUCAGGAGAACAAGAUGCUGCGCGUCGUGCUGCAUCAAUUCCACCUGGUAGCAACAUCAUCGAAGGAGUGGAGGCCGCGAUUGCGACUGAUGAUCGCCUUGCUGUUUCUUCGGGCUCUACCGCAGCGGCCGCUCCGGCAGAGGAAGAGGAGCCCACCAGGUUGCCAGCCGCUUCCUCGCCAGCGUCCACCGACGUCGUGGGCUCGAAGUCGGAGGUUUCGUUGGGAGGUUCUUCGUCGUCCAAAGGUGACACGGCAAGAAUGCCGGGACCAGCACAGAGUUGUUCCUCGGAAUGUAGUCCGGUCGGAGCCGUGA